AUGGGAAGAGGCAAUCGCACCACAGUAACAGAAUUUGUCCUCAUGGGAUUCACAGAUCGCCCUGAGCUUCAGCUCCCCCUCUUUGUGGUGUUCCUGAUUCUCAUUACCCUGGUAGGAAACCUUGGCAUGAUCUUGCUCAUCAAGGCAGAUUCCAGGCUUCACACGCCAAUGUACUAUUUCCUCAGCCACCUGGCUUUCAUUGAUCUCUGUUAUUCAUCUUCCAUUGGGCCAAAAAUGCUGCAAAAUUUAUUGGUGAAGAAAAAAACCAUCUCCUUUUCAGGCUGUUUUGCUCAGCUGUACUUCUCCAGUGCUUUUGUCACUACUGAAUGCUUCCUCUUGGCCACAAUGGCCUAUGAUCGUUACAUGGCCAUCUGUAAUCCCCUAACCUACACAGCCAUCAUGACACAGCGGGUCUGCAAGGAACUGGUGAUAGGAGUCUACACCUAUGGCUUCCUGAACUCUGUGAUACAGACAGUACUGACUUUCCAGCUGUCUUUCUGCAACUCCAAUGUGAUCCACCACUUCUACUGUGCUGACCCCCCUCUCCUUGCACUCUCCUGCUCUGACACCCACAACAAAGAGAGGCAGCUUCUGAUCUUCUCGGCAGUGAAUCUCACUGGAUCCCUCAUGACUGUCCUCAUCUCCUAUAUCUGCAUCCUAGUGUCCAUUAUAAAAAUUGAGCCUUCCCAGGGCAAGUGUAAAGCAUUCUCCACCUGUGCCUCCCACCUCACUGUGGUCACCAUCUUCUAUGGGACGUUAUUUUUCAUGUACAUGCGGCAACCAAAAACUGGGAGUUCGUGGAAGUAUAGCAAAGUGAUCUCUGUGUUUUAUAGUCUUGUGAUUCCCAUGCUUAACCCUCUCAUCUAUAGCCUGAGAAACACAGAGGUAAAGGAUACUCUGAAAAAAAUGCUGGAGGGCAAAACUUCAUAG